GAAUUUUUUUAUAAAUCGAUUUGUGAUUGAUAAUCACUUCGCACUCAUCGCCCACAGUUUCGUUCUCUCGGUAACUUGUAUCUUCACUUUUUAAAGUGAUUCUCGCAAUCUUUCUUUAAUCUCAUCGUUCCCUCCGCAAUCCAAUUUCGAUUCAUCCGAUGGCGGCGUCUUCAGUGUUCUCUGUAGCUUCACACUCUGUUUCGCCUUCGAAUCACCAUGCUCACAAGGGAAAAACCAAGAUUGGAGGUAGCGGUUUGAGAUUGGCAAAUUCAAGGUCUUCUGGCAGUGGCCGGAUCUCUAUGGCUGUUGCUGUUAAUGCUUCUCGAUUUGAGGGAAUACCGAUGGCUCCACCUGAUCCAAUUCUCGGAGUUUCUGAAGCAUUUAAAGCGGACAAAUGCGAUCUCAAGCUCAAUCUUGGAGUUGGGGCCUACAGAACUGAAGAAUUACAGCCAUAUGUGCUUAAUGUUGUUAAGAAGGCAGAGAAUCUUAUGCUGAAUAGAGGGGAAAACAAAGAGUAUCUACCUAUUGAGGGUUGGGCUGCAUUUAAUAAGGCAACUGCAGAGUUGUUACUCGGAGCUGACAACCCAGCAAUCAAAGAACAAAGAGUUGCCACUGUCCAAGGUCUUUCUGGAACUGGUUCUCUGCGACUAGCUGCUGCUCUGAUAGAGCGAUAUUUUCCAGGGGCAAAAGUUUUGAUAUCAUCCCCUACCUGGGGUAAUCACAAGAAUAUUUUCAAUGAUGCUAGAGUCCCAUGGUCAGAGUACCGAUAUUAUGAUCCUAAGACGGUUGGAUUGGAUUUUGAGGGCAUGUUAGAAGAUAUAAAGUCAGCUCCUGAAGGAUCUUUCGUGCUACUUCAUGGAUGUGCUCAUAACCCUACCGGUAUUGAUCCCACACCAGAACAGUGGGUGAAAAUAGCUGAUCUAAUUCAACAAAAGAACCACAUUCCAUUUUUUGAUGUCGCUUACCAGGGGUUUGCUAGUGGAAGCCUGGAUGAAGAUGCUGCUUCUGUGCGAUUGUUUGUGUCACGUGGCAUGGAGGUUCUAGUAGCUCAGUCAUACAGUAAAAAUCUUGGUCUCUAUGCUGAAAGGAUUGGAGCAAUCAAUGUCAUUUCCUCAUCACCAGAAUCUGCUGCAAGGGUAAAGAGCCAAUUGAAAAGGAUUGCCAGGCCAAUGUACUCUAAUCCACCGGUUCACGGGGCUAGGAUUGUUGCUGAUAUAGUUGGAAAUCCAGAUCUCUUCAAUGAAUGGAAAGCAGAGAUGGAAAUGAUGGCAGGAAGGAUAAAGAAUGUUAGACAGAAGCUAUAUGAUAGUAUUUCUUCAAAAGACAAGAGUGGAAAGGAUUGGUCAUUCAUACUUGAGCAGAUAGGCAUGUUCUCAUUCACAGGCUUGAACAAGAAUCAGAGUGACAAUAUGACAAAUAAGUGGCAUGUAUACAUGACAAAAGAUGGAAGGAUUUCCCUGGCAGGAUUGUCACUGGCCAAAUGUGAAUACCUUGCAGAUGCUAUUAUUGACUCUUAUCAUAAUGUCAGCUGAAACUGGAUGAAAUAUUCUUUAUCACCAAGCUUAUAUUUUUUGGUGAGUAUUGUAUCCAAUCAUAGUGGUCGGCACACAUGACAAUAAUUCAUGUAAACAUUAAUGUCAUACAUGUACUUUUAAUUCCCUAGGAAAUUUUGUAACCUUAAAAUAAGUUGAAUCAAACUAUUGAUGCAUAAUGAGUCUGCUUCUCGGACUUGGAGCAAGUUGGAUCAAAGUAUUGAUUUAUAAUGAGACUGUUUCUUUCA